UCUACUCCAUCGAGUAUUGACCCUUAAUUUGUCCUUCCCUAAAGCUGGCCAUGUAAAUUCCGUGACAUCGAAGUUCCAUUGUCCCUUGCUUUGUCCUCAUUGUGUAUAUACAUGUUAUCAACAAAGAAGAGGAUAAACUUCUGGUGGAAUGAGUUGUCUGUCUUCAAUUAAUACUGUUCCUAAGAUGACAAAGUUCCUGUCUCUCCCAUCCACACAUCUCUUUCUCCAUGUCUUGGUCAUUCUUGCUGCUAGCAUUGAUGAUAUAGCUGCCGCAGCAGCAGCAACCUUGGACUCGGAUAGAGUGAACAACCUGCCGGGGCAGCCAUCGGAGCCGUCCAUCUCCCAGUUCUCGGGUUACGUCACGGUCGAGCCGGGCAAUGGGAGGGCCCUCUUCUACUGGUUCUUCGAGGCCCAGUCCCUGCCUUCCCAGAAGCCCCUCCUCCUCUGGCUCAAUGGAGGGCCUGGGUGUUCAUCAGUUGGUUAUGGAGCUGCAUCAGAAUUGGGCCCUUUUAGAGUUGACACCAAUGGCACUGCACUUCUCUUCAACAAAUAUGCUUGGAAUCAAGAGGCAAAUCUGCUGUUUGUGGAGUCCCCAGUUGGAGUUGGAUUCUCCUACACCAACACUUCUUCUGAUCUCUCGGUCAUAAAUGAUGUGUUCGUCGCGGAGGAUGCUUACAAUUUCUUAGUGAACUGGCUGCUGAGGUUUCCGCAAUACAAGACCCGUGAUUUCUUCAUUUCAGGGGAGAGCUAUGCAGGCCAUUACGUGCCUCAGCUAGCCGACCUCAUCUAUGACAGAAACAAGGACACAUCCAAAUAUCCCACCAUCAACCUCAAAGGCUUUAUUGUGGGAAAUCCUGAAACAGAUGACUACUACGACAACAAGGGACUGCUCGAGUAUGCAUGGAGCCAUGCUGUGAUAUCAGACGAGCUCUACAACAAAGCGAAGUCAGCAUGUGAUUUCAAGCUCGUGAACUGGUCUGAAGAGUGCAAUGGAGCCAUGUCAACGGUUUUCUUGACAUACCAGGAGAUCGACUUUUACAACAUCUAUGCUCCUAUCUGCCUCAUCAAUGGCAGCACCACUUUGUCUUCGUUAGUAGCAGCUGAGGUAAACAGUUAUGGCACGAGGAGGAGGAUGAGAAUUCCUGGAGGUUACGACCCAUGUUCUUCGGCUUACACUGCUAAGUAUUUCAACCGACCGGAUGUUCAGUCUGCUCUUCGUGUCGGGAGAGGGAAUGGCCCUCUGAAAUGGGAAGUGUGCAAUAACAGUAUCUUGAAUACAUAUAACUUCACCGUCCCAUCCAUGUUACCGAUCUACACGAAACUCAUCAAGGGUGGCCUCAAGGUCUGGGUCUACAGUGGGGAUGCUGAUGGGCGAGUUCCGGUGAUCGGGUCCCGUUACUGCAUGGAGGCGCUCGGGCUUCCUGUCAAGUCUCCUUGGCGCUCUUGGUACCAUGAUCACGAGGUUGGAGGGAGGAUCCUGGAGUACGAGGGGGUGACGUUCGUGACCGUGAGAGGCGCGGGCCACCUGGUCCCGCUGAACAAGCCCAGUGAAGCCCUUGCUCUGAUCCAUUCUUUCCUAACUGGGGAUGAACUGCCCAAACAGAGAUACUAAUUAGGGACCUUUUGGGUUCUAAACAUGUUGAGUGGACAGACCAAUCAGUAGUCACACGGCUCGAAUUCGAUGACGAGGAGAUUUUCUCAGAUGAAAUAAAUACUUCUUGUCCCACGAUGAUUUCUGUAUCAUGGAGUAGGAGAUUGUAAUAAAUCUGGAAACCCGCGUUCAGUAUACUCGGUCAUUCUGCAAGCAUUCUUCUUUUUCUUUAUUUGCGGCGCCUAUUUUUAUGCUUAGAGCAGAACUCUCUAGAGAAGCAAGAAGAGCAGGUCCAGCAGAA